GCAACCAGCCGAGGUUAUACAGAAGUCGUCGAGUUCUUUCUGGAAAAUAGGGCUAUUGUCAACGCGUAUGAUAGUGACACUACAGCACUUGGCUCCGCAUUGUUUCAAGGUCUUAUGGGCAUAGCCAAACUUCUUAUCGAGUAUGGAGCGGACGUUAAUGCUGUACACCAGGGUGAGACGGAGUUACAAACAUGUACACUGAUUGGUCAUGAUAAAUCUGUGGAAUUCUUACUUAACCAUGGAGCCGACAUUAAUGCUGGAUAUAAGAACAAUAUGUCACCCCUUGAGAUAGCGGCAAAGGCGGGUUACACGAAAAUCGUACGGCAUCUGCUAAAGAGUACUACCGAAAUU